CUCUUCAUUAAUAGUUUUUUUUUUUUUUAACCGUUUAAAGAUUUAAAAGUCUCGACUCUUGAACUCGUCAUCUUUACAGAAAUUUUGAAGCCCGAGGCCGAUGAAUUCUGCCAUCUUUACCCGACUGAAUAGCCUGAGAGCCUUCGCUCGUCUCCGACUAUCGCUGGCACUCCUUCCUCCGGCAUCAAAGCUUCUCUCCACGAAAACAAGACCACCCCCUCGCCGGACUCUUUCCUCUGCCAUCUAUCCGUUGGGCCACCCCAGCUUCGACCUCUCGCUGGAACUCGACCGCUGGAUCUUGAGCGGCAAUGCCAUCCGCCUCGUAGAGCUCCAGAAUCUAAUCCGCGACCUUCGUAGUCGCCGCAGACACAAGCAAGCCCUCGAGGUUUCUGAAUGGAUGAAAGUCAAAUGGAUGAAAGAGAAAGGCAGCAUAUCGUUCAUGGCGAGCGACCACGCUGUUCAUCUGGAUCUCAUUGGAGAAGUUCUUGGACUCUCCUCCGCAAAAAAGUACUUCGAGAGCUUGAAAGAGAAGGACAAGAAUGAGAAAACCUAUGGAGCUCUCUUGAACUGCUAUGUCAGAGAGCGUCUGAUAGAUGAAUCUUUAUCUCACUUGCAGAAGAUGAAAGAUAUGGGAAUGGCUUCUUCCUCUCUCCCUUACAACAACAUAAUGUGUCUUUACGCAAAUACAGGCCAGCAUGAAAAGGUUCCUUUGGUGCUGGAAGAGAUGAAGAACAAUAUGGUUUUGCCUGACAACUUUAGCUACAGGAUUUGCAUCAAUUCUUUUGGUACAAAAUCUGACAUUGAAGGAAUGGAAAAGGUUUUGGAUGAAAUGGAACUUCAGCCACAAAUUGUCAUGGACUGGAACACAUAUUCAGUCGUUGCAAACAACUAUAUCAAAUCUGGGCUCAAUUUGAAGGCAGUUUCUGCCCUGAAGAAAGCUGAACAGAAGUUAGAAAAGAAGAAUGGCCUCUGCUACAAUCACUUAAUCUCACUGUAUGGCGUUUUGGGAAACAAACAAGAGAUGUGGAGGUUGUGGGAGCUUCAGAAGGUGAACUGCAAGAAAAUCAUCAAUAGGGAUUACACUACCAUGCUUGGAGCAUUGGUGAAGCUCGGGGAGCUGGAAGAAGCCGAGCAAUUGCUAAAGGAAUGGGAAUCAAGCUGCGGAACUUUUGAUUUUCGAGUUCCGAAUGUUCUUCUCGUUGCAUAUCGACAGAGAGGUUUAAUGGAGAAGGCUGAGGAGAUGAUCGAUGACUUUCUGAAGAAAAAGAAGACUCCACCAUCAAAUACCUGGGGGAUUGUUGCCACUGGCUAUGCAGAGAAAGGUUCAUUUCAGCUUUGCAAAAGUUUGCUUUGGGAUUAGAAUGUUUACAUGAGCAUCAUUAGAAUCUAGCACAAAUAUGUAUUCCCUUCUCUCAACUAUUUGGGAUCCUUAGUGGCGGAGAAUCGAAAAGCAGAGGAGAAGAGUGUACUACAAGUUAGGCUUCAUUUGAGACAACUUUUUUAAAUAGAUUUUUAGUACAAAAAUAUUUUGAAACCAAUGAAAAAAUUAUGACAAAAAAUUGUCACAAAUGCAGCCUGAAGCAUAAAUGUCGGAGGAUUUGAAUGUAGAGGAAAUGCCUUAAUCCAACAAUAGUUUGAUAAUGUAGGUGUUGUCACUGAUUCAUUUUGUUAUAGUAAAUAGUUUAAGCUUUCAUGAUUUUAACUUUGGAGUUAGUACCGGUUGGGAACUUUUCUUUGUAGAGGUGGAUCAUAACCAAAUCCUAGCAAUGAAGAUCUUGCAGC